CGGGAGCGGAGCGGCAUGGCGUUCCGGCAAGCGCUGCAGCUGGCGGCCUGCGGGCUGGCCGGGGGCUCGGCGGCAGUGCUCUUCUCGGCCGUGGCCGUAGGGAAGCCGCGGGCGGGCGGAGACGCGGAGACACGGGCAGCCGAGCCGCCCGGGUGGGCGGUGGGCGUGCGUCCCCCGCCCGGCGUCUGGGACCCCAACUGGGACAGGCGGGAACCAGUGUCUCUUGUCAACGUCCGGAAAAGGAAUGUGGAGUCCGGAGAAGAAGAACUGGCAUCCAGGCUGGACCACUGCAAAGCCAAGGCUACGAGGCACAUCUUCCUCAUCAGGCACUCCCAGUACCACGUGGAUGGCUCCCUGGAGAAGGACCGGACCCUCACUCCAUUGGGUCGUGAACAGGCUGAACUAACUGGUCUCCGACUAGCAAGCCUGGGGUUGAAGUUUGACAAAAUCAUACAUUCCUCCAUGACUCGAGCUACAGAAACAACAGACAUCAUCAGCAAGCACCUGCCAGGGGUGUGCAGAGUCAGCACAGACCUGCUCAGGGAAGGCGCCCCCAUUGAGCCUGACCCACCCGUGACCCACUGGAAGCCAGAAGCUGUGCAGUAUUAUGAGGACGGGGCCCGAAUUGAGGCCGCAUUCCGGAACUACAUCCACCGGGCGGAUGCCAGGCAGGAAGAAGACAGUUAUGAGAUCUUCAUAUGCCAUGCCAAUGUCAUCCGCUACAUUGUGUGCAGAGCCUUGCAGUUUCCACCCGAAGGCUGGCUCCGACUCUCUCUCAACAAUGGCAGCAUCACCCACCUGGUUAUCCGACCCAAUGGCAGGGUUGCACUGAGGACCCUUGGGGACACAGGGUUCAUGCCUCCCAACAAGAUCACCCGGUCCUGAGGGAUAAGCCAUGGGCACCCCAGGCAGCCACCAGACACUGCUGUCCCCAUUCUCAGGAUACCAUGACCACAUGCAUCUCCUUACCCCCAGGCUACUUGGCAGCUGCAUUUUCCUGCAGAACAGGAAUACUGUCUGCAGUGAUGUGUUCUAGUACUUGCCUUUGGCCUGGGAUGAGCAAGGAUCGUUAAUCCCAGACAGGCAGCCCGGUGUCCCCUUCCCAUAACUUGAGACACUCUGGUGGGAGGUGGGCUAGUUUCCCAGACAGCAGACGCUGGACUGUCGUGGGUUUGUACGAGGACUGGCAGCUGUCCUCACUGCAGACACGCAUACCCCACAAACCCAAGGGUCUUCCAUUUUGACAGCACCAGCCAUGGCCCUGAGGCACGCAGGGACAUCAGAAGGGCCAGACCGCUGAGCAGUGGUGGUAGCCCCUGCGCUCAUCAUGGCUCACGUCACUCUAUACUUGCUCUUCACUUAUAAAAAUCAUGUGUCCCUUCAUCUCAGAUCUUGCUUUGAAAGUCAGAACCAGGGCUGCAGAUCCCUGAAGUGGAUGGGUAGGUCAGAAUGUACCUGGUCUCUCAGACCUUCAGGGUGUGAGGACCCAUGCACUGACCAGGGUGCCACACUCUCAGCGUGGUAGCAUUGAACGCUGGCUUGGUGACAGGAAGAUCAUGUGCAACAAACUGUAUUUUAAUACUUAGGACUGCAGGCUUCGCCUUUGUCGUUUGCCUCUGGUUGUUAACCUUUUGUUUAUAAAGUGGUUAAGAUACUUAGACACGACCCGUCCCAAAUAUCGUUAAAUUAGGAAGGCUACAAUUUCUAUAUAGUGGUGGGGAUUUUCUGAAUCAUGCAACUAAUUGGACUAUUUGAUCUAUUUAUCUGUCAACUUUGGAAAUAAAAUUUUCUUUUCCUUUG